GAUAUUGCAACUCAAGUGUGCGGGAAGGCAGGUUUCCAGCAGCAGGGUUGACACUCAUGCUUUAGGCUGCUUCUAAAUAUGUAAAUGCAGAGAGUGUCCUGAGGAACAACACAAGAAAAAUGUUGAAACGUGAGCCUCUGUGUGUUCAGCUCACAUUCACGAGUGAGGUAAUGUCUCCCUCCUGCAUCAGAGCGCGGGCAUUACUGUCAGUCAGUCAGAACUGUGAGCACACCGAGCACUUCAGCUGUGGAGAGCGGCAGGAGCUGCACCUCACCUCACCAUAACGCGGAAUAAACUCCAGAAGAUGUCGAAGGGGCCACUGCCAGCAGGAAAGGGUGCAGCGUGUCUGACAUGUAAAGGGAUCUGCCCUGGAUUCCAGCCACAUUCCUGGAGAAAAGCUUGCGUAAAGUGCCAAUGCAGUCAGGACGAACACGCAUUCAUUUCCAACAAUGAAGAUGACCUCAAGGUAGGAAGAUUGCUGGCAGACUCCCGCUAUACCCACCUCACAGCCAAGGUCAAGGGAGGAGAUGGCACAAGGGUUUAUAAACGUAAUCGCAUGAUUGUCACCAACCCAGUGGUCUCUCGUAAAGACCCAACGUUCAACACGGUCACAUAUGACUGGGCCCCAACAGGCCUCACCCAGAAACUGGCAAUGCUGUACAUGAGUCUUCUGCCUGAGGAAAGACGACCUGUGGCUGGCACUGAAGGAUCUUUAUAUCGCCACAAGCAACUGACGAGACAGCUUCCUGCCUAUGAUCAUGACCCUGCGUACUGCCACAGCCUGUCUGAGGCUGAGCUGAAAGUUAUGGCUCAGUUUGUGAAAUCUUACAAGGAGGAAUCCUUAGGAGUAGGAGAAGUUGCCCUACCUGGAGAAAAAAGUACUACCAAGAGGAAUGAAAAGAUUUCCCAAGAACAGCCAGAUCCACCCCUAACAGAGCAAACCCCUGAUGGAGCAAUAGAGUCUCCUGUCAGCAAUGAGACUGAAUAUUAUUGCAGUGGAUGUGGCCAGUUGGCAGCUAUGGAUGAACCUGUGGUGUAUGCUGACAGGGCUGGAUACGAGAGACUGUGGCAUCCCGCCUGCUUUGUGUGCGGUGAGUGUGGUGAGGCUCUGGUGGAUCUUAUCUACUUUUGGAAGGAAGGAGCACUGCUGUGUGGACGCCAUUACUGCCAGAGCAUCAGACCUCGCUGCCUGGGCUGUGAUGAGCUGAUCUUCUCUGACAUGCUCCUGCAGGAGGCCAGUGGCCACGUCUGGCAUAAGGAACACUUUUGCUGUUGGCUGUGUGGGCAAGAUAUCAGAGUUGAAUGUGGCUGUGACAAACGGCAAACAACAUAGUUAUUAAAAUAAGCAAAUCCUCCAAAAUAUCAUAAAUGUCAUUUUAUGCCAAUAUCAGUUACAUAAUUUCUAAAUCAACAUACUGUACAUCCAUCAAUAAACACAUGAAACCUUGAA